CUUCUUAGGCAGUAGGUAUCUAGUGUUGAAGGGUCGAUAGAAGGCCCAAGCUCUGUAUACAAGCUGUCUCUCGUGACAUUUGGUGGUACAUCAUCGCUCAUUAAUGAUUAAACCAUUACCCAUUAUCUAUCACCCUUUUGGUACCUAGUAUCACUACUGUAUAGUCCAGAGUUACUCGAGGGACAAACCGAAAAUUUCAAAACGAGGGAUAUCAAACACCAUUUUUCUAUUCCUCUUAAACCUCCCAAGCCUCUGUACGACGUGUUCGACGACGUCAACUGAUCAUCUCAAGAAACCUUAGUUCUGACUACUUUUUUUUCCUUCUCCCCUUAUUUUCAUCUUUUUUAAUAAUAUUUUCCUCUCUCUUCGUUCGGUAUCGCGAAUCUAAUCGCGCUUCUCAUACAUAUAGGUAUCUAUCUACCUAGGUAAAUUUGGCAAUCAUACAACUUACCUAAGGUUAGGUGCCUACUUACCUACCUAACAUUUAUCACAUCCAAACUCUCCAAGACCACUACUUUGGUAGCAGAAAACUACUAUUCUAAUUCUACCCAGCAGUCAAAUCAACAUGGCGGAAUGCGGCGAUGAUGGAGCACCAUUCUGCACUGACUCUGUGCCCUUUGCCCCUGCCAGUUCGUGCUGCAAACAAGGUAGAACAUGCCUUGUCCUAGCAGCCAAUACUACAGUUAUAUGCUGUCCCGACGGCGCUGAUUGCAGUCAAAUUGGAAAUAUUCCUUGCGACUUGAGCCGACAACUGUUUGAUCCGAGUUCAGACAUACAGACGUCGUGGCAUGAAGGACACCUACCGGAAUGCGGCGAUGCCUGUUGCCCAUGGGGAUACCAUUGCGAGCUGAAUACCUGUGCACUGAAUGAUGACCAGAAUGAACUACCCGGAGAUGACCAGUCCUCUUCUACUUCCACGAGCAGUACGAGCAGCCCGACGACUUCAACCACUCGGCCAUCUUCAGCCACAUCAUCCACAGCAACCACCAAUACCACUUCGCAAGCGAGCCCAACCGCAGUGCCAUCCAUCACACUCACUCCCGCCCAAGGCCAGGGAGACGCAUCAUCCAGUUCAACCUUAAGCACGGGCGAAACAGCAGGAAUAGCUGUGGGAGCGGUUCUCGGUACCGCCAUCGUGGCUCUACUUUUGUACGUCAUCUACCGCGUCCGCCGAGCCACUAUACCCCAAAGCGAGGACGACCAGGCCCAGGCUCUGGCCGUAGCGGGUGGUAACCACCAACCAAUCCUGAGCGAACCGAAGGCCCCGGAACUAGCCAGCGAUCCCAUAUACGAGCUGGCAGGUUAAAAGGCUGCGAAAAGAUGCAAUUCUUCGGCACACUCUUUUGCAAUUGGACUGGACGGGACGCGGACUUGCAAAACUGCUAUGUAAGUAUGGGGCGCUUUCAUCCUAUAUUUCGACAAGAAGAUCGUAAACUGAUAGAAAUUAGACCAGGCUAUUGGUCUACGACUUGACUUAUUAGUAAAACUUUACUAAGGAGGGACGAGUUAAAUGUAAAGUUUUACUUAAUAAAAUCGUGUAGUGGAGCCGUGCCUAUGAGUGAAAAUUUCAAGCUCGGACUCUGUUUCCCGCAGAAACUGAUAAGAUAAGGAGCUGAGCCUCCACAGCCUCAAUUCAGCCACUUUCUAUUCAAUUCCAUUAAUCCAUCUUAUUAAUC